CUGUUAAUUUAUUAUGGGUGAAAAAAUACUAAGUCGUUUUUGAAUUUUUGAAUUCAUGUAAUUUCUGUCCUAAAGUGUUCAACCAGAGUAAAGUGUUAUACGUACCACUAACAAUUUUGCCUUCACUUAGUAUUAUUUUAUACUAAUUAAUUUGAACUAGCCUGUAAGGGGCAGGGGGGACAAAUAAAUCAUUUGUCGUCGUUGUCAUAGUAACAUUUACAUCUAAACAAUGACGACUUGUCACAUCGAUUGCAGUUAUUAAAUAACACCUAACAUUUUCUAUAGAAUUUAAAAGUAUGUACCAUGGAAAAAGAGUUGGCACCAGAUGUUAUAAAAGCUACACAAACAGCACUGGGCAAAUAUGUGAAACGGCCGCCUCUAAGUGAGAAACUAUUGAAAAAACCACCAUUCAGAUUCUUGCACGACAUUGUGACAACUGUACUGAAAACUACAGGAUUUUUUGAAGGAUUAUUCGAGGAGGAAGAAUUGAUAUCUGACAAUGUUAAAGAGAGGGAAAAUAAAAUACAAUUUCUUAAUAAAGUAAUUUAUGUCGUUGGUGCAACAACAGGAAAGACGUUAUCAGUAAAGCCGUCUAAAAUUGUUGCCGGUCAGGAAGCAGAGAAAACAAAUGAUCUACUUCAAUGCCUUGCAUUGGCUUUAGAUAAAAAACUUACAUCUGAUGAAGCUGUAAAAAAAUAUAAAGAUGAGAAAAAACCUGUUCAUGCGAACGAGAAAAAAUCUAAAGAAAUUGUAAAAUCAAAUAAAAAAAAUAAUGAUACAAAAAAAAUUACGUCAAAAAGCACAGAAAAAUUAACAUCCAAUAAAAGAGACACAAGCAUACGAACAACAAAUAAAAAUGAAAACGAUAAAAGUAAUUCUAGUAAAACAAAACAGAAAGAAAAUACAAUAAUUAAAAAUGAAUCACAGUCUAAAAGAAAUACACAAUCUAAAGUCGUAACAAAGAAACCAUCACAAGAAAAAAACAUCAAUUAUGGAGCGGAUAAAAAACUACUUGAUGAGCAAAAGGAUAAACCAACCACAAAUGAUAUACAAAUUAAUAACGAAAAUUUAGAAAAAAUAAGUACUGAUAAUUUGGAAACAGAUAUUAAUGUUACAGAAGAAGAUCAACAAAAUUCUGUCGUAAAUCUGUCAAUUAAUGAAUAUCAACAAAAACUUGAUGACCUACAUGCAAUUGACAAUCAACUAAAUUCAUCUUUGUCUUCUCAAGAUUUGAUGGAAAUUGAAAAGAAUAAGAUCGACGAAAGUAAAACAUUCAAAAAUGAGGAGGAGGUGGAAUAUAAAGGUAUUGAAGACCAGAAAUUGAUGACGAUAGAUGUAAAUAAAAUUAACAGUGAUAAUGAAUUAGAACAUAAAACAAAUAAGAAUGACAUAAAUAAACAAUUAUCUAGGAAUAAUAGCAGCGAAAAGAACGGUGAUGAAACUACAUCAAUAGAAAACAAAAAUAAUGUCCAAGAUCCUGUUAAACAAUCUCCUGUUAAAAACGAUAAUGCUGCUAGGCCAUUAAGUAUGCGUCCAUCUUCAUCACGUCCUGGAGCACCACGAUUAAGAGAUAAACAUGAAAACAUAACAACUGAACCCGAAAAUUUGAUAGUUGGUAAAGUAAAUAUCAUAGCUGAAAAUGCACCCAUAGAAGAGGAAGAAGAUACAAACGUAGUUAUUCUUGAACAAGAAACAAUGUCUUCGUCAACCACGCAAGAUGAUCAAGAUCCGCUUCAUGUAUCACCAGAUCAACACGGUCAUUUAGUGCAACAAAUUUUAGAAUCUCAAAAGGAAUUUUCACAAAUUAGUGGCAAAACUGAAAUCGAAUGGCAAUUUGGUGCCCAAAAAGCAAGAGAAGCAGUAAAUAAAGAAAUAGAACAACUCAGAUAUAAUGUUCAAGCUCUUUCACGUGUGACCAAUCCAUUGGGUAAAAUACUGGAUCACGUUCAGGAAGAUGUAGAAGUCAUGCGUCAGGAACUUCAACAAUGGACCAAAAUUUAUGAAGAAACAUCUAAGCAAUUAUCAAAACAAAAACUAUUGAACGAGGAAUCGUUAUUACCAAUGCAUACGAAAGUUAAACAGUUGGAUUUUGACAUACAGGAAAAACAUGACAAAAUAAACAAUCUCAAAGUCGUAAUACACAAAAACUCAAUUAGAAUCGAGAAGUUGUUAGCAAGUGGGAAUGUGCAAUAAUUUUAUAAACAAUUAAUUUUUAGUAGAUAAAUAAAAAUGAUUUGUUUACAUC